AUGAACAGAAGUCACGGGCUGUACAUGCAGAGGUCACGGGCUGUACAUGCAGUUGGAUCUUUGCCGACGGCCAUUAACUGCGGUGUGACCUUGUCCCACCAACAGCUUGCUUGGUAUCUUGUUGGAGGAACACCCCAGAGUGUGUGUGACCAUUCAAAUUUGAGGCUGUAUCUUAGGGGCACCGUCAAGUUCGCCGUCAGCUUCUCCUACAAAGAGCUUCGUUCAUAUCUUCUCCCACAGGUAUGGUUCAUAUGUUAUUUUCCAUGGUUGCAACCUGAAACUGGUUCUACUGGUGUUGUACUCCAUGCAUGGUUGAGGUAA